AUGAGCACACCAGCAAAUUUAUUUCCAGGUUUAAGUGAUAUAUCCGAUGUCUUGGAGGAAUAUCCGAUUGAGACGUCCAGAUAUUUGACAUUGCUACAUGAGAUAGAUGCAAAAUGUAUCCACGCUUUACCUUUCCUGAAUGAGCAAAUCCAAGAGUUCGUCAAGUUCACUGGAAAGAAUUCUAAAAUACCUCCAAAGGAGUCAUCCCACCCAGAAAAUAAGUUAGAAAAUUUGAUUAAUAUUAACAGACUCUUUGAAGAACUUAUACCCUCGCUGGAAGAAAAAAUGUAUGUGUCUUCAAUCAUGUUGAAAUCGAUGGAAGAGUUGACUACUAGAUUGGAGCUAGGAUAUGAAGUGGCAUUGAAGAAUGAAGAGAUCCCUGAAAAAUUAAGGAUUGGUGUCAAUAAUCAUCCUGCAAUGCAUUUACAUCAUGAGUUAAUGAAAAAAAUUGAAACGGCAAAGACUGGCACUUCUCAUAAAUCUGCACAAAGCUCCAAAAGUGAAUUAAGAAGGGAAGCCAUGGCCGCAAGCAAAAAACAGCAUGAGACUAAAGAUAAGAGUAGUAAAAACGAAAAGACAGCAGCCACAUCAACAAUUCCUGCCGCUGGAGUUACAGACUCAGCAACAGCAACCUCGGGAAGAAAAAAUGGAAACCACAAUAAUACAGGCCAUGAAUCCAAGAAACGUAAAACUAAUAAAGACAAAAAUAACAGUACUCAUCCAGGGGUCGUAGCGCCAAAACCAAAAGUCAACGAAUAUGGCGAACCAUUAUAUUGCUAUUGCAAUAGGAUAGCAUUCGGAGAAAUGGUGGGUUGCGACGGUGCUAAUUGUGAACUAGAAUGGUUCCAUCUACCGUGCAUUGGAUUAACAACGUUACCAAGAGGGAAAUGGUAUUGCAAUGACUGCAAAAAGACAAAGAAAAACAAUUAG